AUGUGGCGGCACUACUACCGCCACUAUAAGCACUUACUCCGGAGCUUGCGCCAGUACGGCCUGCACACUGCGCGGCCUGGCACCGUCUUUGAGAUCGUAGUCGGGGAUCCCACAUGCGUCAUUCUACUGCACCCAAUUGUCCCCCUCAUUUUUGCGAUCGACUUGGCGUCAAGUCCCAACUACCUCGCGUGCGCCUCGGUCCGCGUAGUUCAAGUCGCGAAUCCGCAGGCAUUCUGCCUCGGGUGCCUCUACCUCUCGCGCACCGUCUGGUUCGCGUACGGCGUCAUCUUGCUCGCAUCGGCAGCCGCGAAAGCCCUUCGACGCGAACGGUGGUUCACAACGGACGUGGAUCCGACGGUCGUGGCGCUCGUUGUGGCUCUAAUCGCGGGCCCGUUGACGCUGCUUUUGGCGCGAAUUCCACCGCUCAUGACGCUCUUCCACUACCUCUUCGCCUCGACCACCGACGACGCGCAGGCCACCGAGAUGGUCUACGCACUACUCUUUGCCGUCAUGCCUCCAAAGGGGCACGCAAGGUUGCCGCUUUGA